AUGACGGAGUUCCUGACUGGAAGCAGGGUCCAAGAGCUUCAAGCCAUGCUGUUUCCGGUUCAACCGAUCCCUGGUGGGGCCCUGGCAAACAUUCAGAGGCUCCAAGAGUUGCAGCUGCUGCAGCUAGGACGUUACGAGGUACAGCGACAGGAACCGGAACUUCCGUUGAAGGAGACCCUUCGAACCGCGUUGGACACACGCUGCAUGAUCGAUGGGAUCACUCAGGAAGCCGCGAGAUGGCCCACGGAGUGUCAAGUGCUUUCGGAGAGAGUGAGACACAUAGAUUACACGCCAGCCAUUCCGGAAUCGUUCUACGUGCCAACCGGAAGGGAACCAAGACCAAAACCAUUGGGCGACGAUUUUGGAACAGUGGUGUUCCGCUACUAUCCGACCAGUAUCACCAAUUACUUUAGCAGAUCUUGCGUGGGUGGAAGCAUGGUUCUACCGUUCUCAGCGGAAUUCCCGGCGGACACCAACGAUUCGAAGGACGUGGAUAUCGACAACGACCUCUUCUUCGUGACCGGGUCGCCCGAAACGAUCGACGAUAACGAUCUUCGGUUCGAGUCUCGUUUCGAGUCCGGGAAUCUGUGCAAAGUCGUGAAGAUCACCGACACCUAUUACCAGCUCUAUCUUCGAAAGGAUCUCUACACACAGAGGCAUACACAGUGGUACUAUUUCAGGAUAUCCAACACCAGGAGCAGAACCAUUUACAGAAUAUCGAUCGUGAAUCUUUCGAAAGACGAGAGUCUGUACAACGAAGGUCUCCGUCCGUUGCUGUACUCGACGGAAGACGCGAGGAGGAGGUCCGUCGGAUGGAGAAGAUGCGGCGACAAUAUUGCUUACUACAGGAACGAUUCGUCAAGCGACGAGGAGAAGGAAAAGCACACGUUAACGUUUAACGUUUCCUUCCCUCACGACAGGGACACCGUCUACUUGGCCCACUGCUAUCCCUACACCUACACCGAUCUACAGGAAUACUUGGCGAGGCUGGUUGCAGACCCCGUGAAAACUAGAUUCACGAAGCUACGAUUGCUAUGUCGGACACUGGCUGGAAACGGAGUUUAUUAUUUAACGAUCACAGCUCCGACCUUCGACGAGGAGGUGCGAAGGAAACGAGGCAUCGUUAUCACAGCAAGGGUGCAUCCUGGAGAGACACCUUCCAGCUGGACGAUGAAGGGGAUCAUCGACUUUUUAACCGGGGACACCGAUCAAGCCAAGGCACUGCGAGAGAGAUUCGUGUUCAAGCUGGUGCCAAUGUUGAACCCCGACGGUGUGAUAGUCGGCAACAAUCGGUGUUCAUUGUCCGGGAAAGACCUGAAUAGACAAUACAGAACAGUCAUGCGUGAGAGCUACCCAUCCGUCUGGCACACGAAAUUGAUGAUUCGCCGUCUGCUGGAGGAAUGCGGGGUAGCCAUAUACUGCGAUCUACACGCCCACUCGCGAAAACAGAACAUAUUCUUCUACGGGUGCGAGAACAAGAGGGCAACCCCUCAAACUAAACUCUCCGAGCAAGUGUUCCCCCUGAUGCUCCACAAGAACGCCGCCGACAAGUUCUCCUUCGAGAACUGCAAGUUCCAUUUGGAGAAGGGCAAAGAGGGCACGGGGAGGGUCGUCGCUUGGUCCAUGGGGGUGCAAAACAGUUACACGAUGGAGGCGUCGAUGGGUGGAUCGACGAUCGGAUCCAGGACUGGCAGCCAUUUUUCCACACAGGACUACGAGCAGAUCGGAAAAGUGUUUUGCGAAACGUUGCUGGAUUUCUUCGACCAAGAUCCCUUCAAGGAACGACUACGGAAUAAAAUAAUCGCCAGGCUGAUGAAGGAGGGCUCCAGCGCGGAAGAACCGACCAACAUCGACUUGACUGACUAUUCUAGCGACGAAGGGGACACGUCGGACAGUUUUGCCUCGGAGAAAGAGGGAACAGAGUUCAACGGUGGAACGUGGACUUGCGAGGUAAGAGGGUCAACCCCUUCUCCUCAACACCUUCGCGUGCCACCGUCGACUCCCACGUUCGUUCCGCCUCGAAGCUUCGAAUUGGCAAAAAGGAGAAGCAAAAAGGGAGCCACGACCAGCAAGAGCUACUUCCAACGCAAAAGAAUGCUGGCCAGGAGAGCGGUAAUGGACUUGCCGAUUACGGAUCCAGCCAGCGAUCUAUACGAUCUAACUGACUCUGCGGACGAAGAUGCGAUGAGACCAGAAGAUUCUUCAGUGGUAACUCGUGAACGCCACAAGGAGGAAUCGAUGGACAGAGAGAUGCAAACAAAUGGGAAGGAAGUAGCCAACGAUGAAUUGAUCCUACCGGAAAUAACGAGGCCCCGUAGCGUGUCGUUGGACGAAAGAAUAAGCGACAACAAGGAAGAACGUGCUUUAAACGAACGACCACACUGCCUUCGCUUGGUCAGAACGCUGAGGCAUCGAUCGCCCCUGCCUCUAAAAAACCAGGACAUUCAAAUCAAGUUGAGCUCCCUGCGACAACAAAUAUGGAUGGGAGUGGAUUCACUGAACGCGGAAGAAAACAUCGAGAAGGGGAUCGAGAGACGCUUUGGCAAAGUGCCAUUGAGCUGGGGAGUUUCCAAAAUGGCGUUGGCUCAGGCCAGAAUGGACAGCGACGACUUGCUGAAGUACACUAACUCCAGAUGUUAUCCAUUUUAGAAAUUCUCAUUACACGUCCCUGCUUUUAUCCAUUUAAUUUCUGUUGAAAGAUCUUGCACGAAGAAACUGCAGUCCCUCGGGUACAUAAAACGGACGCAGAUAAAUAAAGACGCGAGUCGCGCGGGGAACGCCAGCCCGGAAGUGGAGGAACCGAAGUCGAGGAAGAAGAAGUCGCGUCUCAAGUGGCAGAAGAUAAUAAAUCUCAGUUCCAGGGUCGAAGAAACGUGUCGUGGGAACGCGUCGUUUUUGACGAUAGAUGCAGAUUCAUUGAAUUUAGUUACAGUCGAGAUGCCAUCGACAUUACAGACUAGACAACGCAGGAUCGAGUCUAGGAGGAAGCAUAGAAAAAAUGGCGCCGCCUGCUCGUUGGCCAACGCGGCGAAAACGUCGAGCGCCGCGAAAUCGAAAUCGAAAUCGAAAUCGCAGAUGCGUCCGAAGUUGCAGUCUCGUGUGCGGCUGCAACCGUUGAUCGUCCCUCUCUGCGACAGUUCCACGUCGGACACAGACUCCACGGAUUCACGGAAACAGCGGGCCACGAAGAAGAAACAAAAGAAAAAGAAACCAUCGAAGAAGAUGAAGUCGACGACCGCGGCGGAACGGAAGAAACGCGCCAGCAGCGCGAACGCGUUACGCAAUUUGUGA